AUGAGCUACACUACCAGACAGAUUGGAGCUAAGAACACCUUGGACUACCGGGUGUUCAUCGAGAAGGCCGGCAAGGUCGUCUCGCCGUUCCACGACAUCCCAUUGUACGCGGACGAGGAGAACCAAAUCUUCAACAUGGUGGUGGAGAUCCCAAGAUGGACCAACGCCAAGCUUGAAAUCACGAAGGAGGAGGCGAUGAACCCCAUCAUCCAGGACACCAAGAAGGGCAAGCUCAGAUACGUCAGAAACUGCUUCCCCCACCACGGCUACAUCCACAACUACGGCGCGUUCCCCCAGACGUGGGAGGACCCCAACGUGGCGCACCCGGAGACCAAGGCAUACGGUGACAACGACCCGCUCGACGUGCUCGAGAUUGGUGAGACCAUCGCGUACACCGGGCAGGUGAAGCAGGUCAAGGUGCUUGGCGUGAUGGCGUUGCUCGACGAGGGCGAGACCGACUGGAAGAUCAUCGUGAUCGACGUGCACGACCCGUUGGCGCCCAAGUUGAACGACAUCGAGGACGUCGAGAAGCACCUACCGGGCCUGUUGCGCGCCACCAACGAGUGGUUCCGCAUCUAUAAGAUCCCUGACGGCAAGCCUGAGAACCAGUUCGCGUUCUCCGGCGAGGCCAAGAACCGGAAGUACGCGCUCGACGUGAUCCGCGAGUGCCACGAGGCCUGGUGCCAGUUGGUCGCCGGCAAGGCCGCCGACGACAAGAAGGUCUCCCUGGCCAACUCCACGUUGCAGGAGUCCGUCGCGUACGCGCCCGAGGUCGCCGCUGCCGUCCCGGCCGCCAACCCGCUCCCAGACGCGCCCAUCGACAAGUCCAUCGACAAGUGGUUCUUCAUCUCCGGCUCCGCCUGA